AUGCCGAGCCAAUCCCGGGGGCGGCACGUCGCUUCGUCGUCCGCCGCCCCCUCGCGCGCGGGCGGGCGCGCGGACGCGCAGUGGGACGCGCACUGGGAUCCGCCGGCGUUCCGCCGCUGGCUGCUGGGCUUCGCGGCGGUGCGCUUCGACCUCGAGCAGGGCCAGCUGGUCGAGGCGCUCUUCCCCGCGGGCGCGCUCAGCGCGGAGGAGGAGACUGACGUGGCGUUCUCGUCGUUCCCCGACUCCAUGUCCGCCGUGCACUCGCGCGCCUCGCUCUACGACUGCCUCUUCUUCUUCCGCAUCCGCCGCCGCGGCGUUCCGCCUGCCCUCGCCGCCACGAGCGGUGGGGUUGAUAACGGGGCGGGCAGCAGCGGCGACGGCACGGCGGAGGGGGCUGGGCGGAGUGCGCUCGCCGCGCAAUCUCCGCUGCUGCAGCAGCAGCACGCGCACGCUAGUGUCGGUCGGGGGGCAGCAGGAGGAGCAGCCGCGCGGGCGACCAGUCGGGCGGAGCGGUCCGCCGCGUCCGCGCGGAGGCAGUCCGCCAGCCCGCCGCGGUGGGACCCGGGAACCAAUCGCGCGACGACACCUGGCACGACCCCGCGGCGAGGCAUCAGCGUGGGGUACGGCGGGGGCCCAGGGGGGGCGAUGGCGGAGAGCAUCAGCGCGCCCGCGUCGUCGCUCACCAGCCCCACGGGGCUCGUCGCCGCCGCCGCCUCGCCCUUCGCGCGGCUCGACAGAUGCGCCACGGAGCCGCUCGCGGGCGGCGAGGGGGGAGACGAGGCGGAGGUGCAGUGGCGCGCGCAGGCGGAGGCCGGCGCGCUGAGGCACUCCGCCAGCGCGCGGGGGAGCGCGGGGCAGCGGGAGGAGGAGGAAGCGGCGGUGGGCAGAUCCGCGUCCAUGGGGGCGGGGAGACGCGCGAUGCCCGCGCACAGCCAAGACGAGGACGACAGAGGGGGGCACGGGGGGUCUGGGGGCGGAGCAGCAGCAGCAGGGGGGGCGGGGAGGGGCGGGGCGCGGUACCUAUACGGGUUUGUGUUCAACCGGCAGCGGCACGACUCACGGUUGCCACGGGGCGGCGAGCAGAAGUCGGUGGUGGUGCUCUCAGAGCGCCCCUUCUCCGCCGCCUUCCGCCGCCUCGCCCAGGUCGUCGGCCCGCUCUACUUCGACCGCGGACCAAUCGCCUUCGUCCAGGUGGCCGCGUGGGUCUCGCUGUGGCCUGCACCGUACCAGCCGAGCGUGGCGGGCGGCGGAGGAGUGGGCGGGGCGGCGGGCGGCGGGGGCGGCGUGAUGGAGCUGCCGGUGGGGCCGCGCACGUCCCUGCGCGUGCAGCUGCCGCCCGCCCACACGCUGCCGCCCGCGUCGCACUCGGCGCUGGACGACUUCACGGCCGCCAUGGCGCCCGCCCCCCUCUCCACCUCCGCUCCCCAGGGCAUAUUCCACGAUGCGGACGUGUUUGGCAUCCUGAGGGGCGUGGCAGCGCAGCUGUGGGUGCUGUGGGAGCUGGUGCUGCUGGGCGAGCCGCUGCUCGUCAUCGCCCCCACGCCCGCGCAGUGCUCUGAGGCCGUCGCCGCCCUCGUGGGGCUCAUCGCGCCGCUCCCCUGCUCGCUGGACUUCCGCCCCUACUUCACCAUCCACGACCCCGACUUCCCCGCCCUCAAUGCCCUUAGAGACGGCGACCCGCUGCCCGCCGUGGUGCUGGGGGUGACGAACCUCUUCUUCCUCAAGGCGCUCAAGCACCUCCCGCAUGUGCUGUCUGUGGGGCGGCCUCCGCACGGGGGGCAGGGCGUGGCGGGGGCGGCGCGGUAUGGGGCGGGGGCGGGCGGCAGCUUGCAGCCGAACGGGCAGGUGGCGGUGAGGGAGAGCGCGGGGCGGCUGCCACAUCAGCAGCAGUCGCCACUGCGACGCCUGGCCACUGGUGGGCUGCUCAGCAUGCUGGCGGCGGGCAGCAAGGGCUUGGCGCGCAUGAGGGGGGAGGGGCCGCUGUCGCUCAUGGGGGAGCACCGCGAGGCGCUGUGGACCAACCACGUGCCCGCUGUCAAGCCCGACACCGCCGUGCUCAACCGCCUUCUAGACGCCUCCACCGCUCUGCACCCCUCCGCCUCCCACCGCACCCACCGGACCGGCUCCUCCACCACCAACACUGCUGCUGCUGCUUCUGGCCCUGGUGACGCCAAUUCCCUCGCCUCUGCUGCUGCUGCCGCUGCUGCAGGGGUGGCAGCAGGCGGGGGAGCGGGCGGGCGCCCUGCAUCGGCGUCUGCCCCCCCGUCCGCCGCGGCGUCUCUCUUCAGCCUGCCGGGCGCCGUGGCGGGCUCACUGCUGGCGGGCGUCACAGGCGUGGCCGGGCUGGACGAUGCACCACAGGGCAGCACAGGGGGAGCAGCAGGGGGAGUGGGGGCGCGGGGGGGGGCAGUGAGUGGGGAGACAGUAGCGAUGGUGAACAACGAGGUGCUGCGGCGCCACUUCAUCGAACUCACCACCAACUUCCUCGCCCCCUUCGGCCCUUUCCUCCGCGCCGCCGCCCCGCCGCCCGACGCCUCGCCCUACUGUGACCCGCCGCCCUUGCCGCCCUUCGACGCCGCGGAGUUUCUCGGGCAGCUUGCCGCCCGCGGGCCGGGGAAGUUUCUCGCGAAGCGGCUGCAGGCGGGCAGGUGGCUGGAGGUGUACAGAAGGUUCCUGGAAGGUCCGAACUUCAUGCCGUGGUUUCAGCGGCGGCGCGCCGUGGCGGAGGCGGAGCAGCACCGGCUGUGGCGGGCGGCACGGCUGCGGGCGGACGUGAGGAAGGCGGUGGGCGGCAUGGGCGAGGCGGACCUGGUGGAGGCGUUUCUGUGCGUUGAGAGACACAUGGCGGUGGAGAGCAAGGCGUGGCGGAGGGCAGGCGAGUCCCCAGCGGUGGGCAAGCUGAGGGGCGACCUGCGCGUGCUGUGGGCGCACAUGCCGCCCGCCACGCAGCGCCUCCUGCUCCUCUCCCCCGCCCACGCCGCCUCCCUCCAGCUGCCACCCUCCGCCGCUCCGGACGUUGCCGGGCGGGGCUCGUCAACUUCUUCUGGGAGUGGUGAGUCAGGAGACGCUCGGUGGAGGCAGCGGGCGAGUGAGGGCGCGGGCAGUGGCAGGGAGGGGGGGAGUGGGGCAGGGGCGGCACAAGGAGCAGCGGCAGCGGCAGGGGGGAGGGGAGGGGGGUGGGCUGGUUGGCUGUUUGGAAGGAGGAACGUGGAGAGCGCGGGGAGUGGGAGUGGUGCGGGGGAGAGGCGGGUGACAGCAGGCAGUGAUGGGGGGAUGGGUGAGGAGGCAGCAGAGGCAGGGCGGGGAGGACCAGCCGACACACCUGGGGCUGCUGCAGCAGCCGCUGCGCCUGGUUCUGCUUCUGCUGGGAUGGACCAGAGCGCUGGCUCAGGUGAUCCGUCAGGUGAUUCUUCAGGUGGUGUGGGCGGCAAUGGGGGACAGAGUGGGACGGUGGAGAUGGUGGAGGCAGCACAGCACCUCUCAGCGCUCGUGGCCAAUCUCAGCCUGCCACCUGUCAUCGCCCUCAACGGCGAAUCACACCCCUCAUCCAACCCUGGCAAGGCCUGGUCUGAAGCUUCCAGCCCUCCCCGAGGCUCCUCUGCAGGCUUGGGCCGAACGUCAAGCGGCGCUUCUCCACGAACAGCCGGGAUAGGAUGGGGAACAGACAUGUGGGACGGCAGCAGCAGCGGCUUCACGAGCACCAGCGCUCGGAGCAGCAUCCCUGCCAACCCCGCCACCACCACCCCCGGCAGCAGCGCCAUGGGCAGCAGCACAGGCCACGUGGCGGGUGCACGGUUCGCCGUGUCCCCCGUGGUGCCGUUUGGGCGCCGCCCCGGCCUGUCAGUGGGGCGCACCCCUCCUCGCCUCUCGUCCUCCGCGCCCGGCACGCCCCUCCACCUGCACCCAGGAGGCACCUUCCUGCACGCCCGCCCUGUCCAUGCGCACGCCGCCGCGCCGCACCAAGGAGGGAGGUACACGGGUGGGGGUGACGCAGGGGCGUUUGGCGGCGAGCGGUUGAGUGCGUGUGCGAGCGCAAGGGAGGAAGUGGGGAGUGGAGGGGCGGGGGCCAUGGAGGGCGGGGGGGCCAUGGAGGGCGGGGGGGUGAGGGUGGGGCGCACGGCCACGGAGCCGGCAGGCGUGGACGAGCAGAUGGCUGUGCUGCUGCUGGGAUGGGCGCUGCUUGUGGCUUGCACAGCAGCCGCACUGCACGCUGUGGCGGGGCAAGUUGUCGGGCAGAUUGGCGGGUGGCUGACGAUCACCCGCGGCCUCCAAAGGCCUUUCCAGUCGCACAUUCUGUUGCUGGUGCUCGCCCGCUCUCAAACUAGAGAUGCGCCAUUAAUUGCCUUAGCUAGAGGUCACUCGGUAGCGAAUCAAUGUCCCCCCACGCUCAUUCCCCCUCUCUUUGCCUCCCCUCCUUCCCCCUCCGCUUCUCCCCAUCCGCCUACUCCCCCCCGCGCCCCUCAGAGUGCCUCCACAGCCCAAGGCGAGGCGCUGCCCCAAGGCGAGGAGGAUAGAGUUCCCAGAGGACCCUCUGGUGGAGUCGUAUUACGCAAGACACCCCGAGGCCAAGCUGCAGGCAUACCGGCGGAGUUCACACAGGCGGAGCAGGAGGAGGAGGAGCGGGCGGUGCAGGAGUGGCGCCGGGCCAUUCGAGAGGGGCGCCAGCCGGCAGCAGUGCGGUGCAGUGCGGUGGAGGAGGUGCAGCAGGAGGAGCGCGCUCACAUGCUAGCUGGCCUUGAAGCCAUGGGGGCUCUGCUCGAGGCGGCUGCUGCCGAAGCUGAGGUUGAGGCUCGGGCUGCGCAGAAAAGCGUUGGGAGAUAG